UUGGGCGCUAAUCAUAGUCAACGCAUCGAUCGCGUCGUAGACUUUUGCAGUAAGGAAAAUGGACGAAAGGUGACCCAUGUUUUUGCAAUUUAAUGAACUUUUACGAUAAAAUUUUGAUUCUCAGAUCAUUUAUCUGAAUCUACAGAAAUCAUGCCUCGUUCAAGAAGCAAGAGCUCAUCAGUAGAGCGAAAAUCAAGCAAGAAAAAGCGAUCUCGCACUCGUUCCAGAUCCAGAUCGCGGUCAAAAUCGAAGGCGCGGGAUCGGGAUAGAGAAAAACACGACAGACAUGAAAGAAAGGAGGCAGAAAGAGCUGAAAGAUCAACAAAGGAAAGAGAACGAUCGGAAAGACAUAAAAGUAGCAAAUCAUCUAGGCGUUCCAGAUCCAGAUCAAGGGAGAGGAGAAGACGGGAAAGGUCGAAAUCAAAACGGAAAACUCCAAGUCCAGAUAUAGACAUUUUCGGCAGGGAUUUGAGCAAGCGUAAUGCUCAUGAAGAAGUGCAGAAGAGACAGGAGGAAGAGAGACGAGUGGAGCUGGAAAGACAGAGAAGAAUACGACAGCAGGAGAUGGAGGCCAAGUUGAUAGAGGAGGAGGUGACUCGGAGAGUGGAGGAGAUGGUGGCACAGAGGGUGGAGGAGGAGUUGGAGAAGAGGAAAGAUGACAUUGAAGAGGAAGUCGGGAGAAGGGUGGAAGAGGCCAAGAAGAUUAUGGAGAAAGAGAUGAUGGAGGAGAUGGAGAAACAGAGAGAAGCAGAAGUAGCAGCACAGAAAGCUAAAGAGGAGGAAGAACUGGAUAAACGAGAGGCGCUUGAGAAGAUCAUGCAUGAAAAUCAGCGCAAGAUUGAAGAAGCCCAAAGAAAACUGGCUGAGGAACGCUUGGAGAUGGUGGAGAGGCAACGUAAAAUGGACGAGGAGCGCCAGGCGUUUGAGCGCGAGCAAAAGCGGCGUCACAAGGCCGAACAGGAGGUUAUCCUGAACAAAAAGAGCAGUCGCCCUAAGCUGUCGUUUGGCUUCAAGAAGACAGAUCCGCCAACGUGAGAGGGCGCCCUCCUGUGUUGAUCCCCUGUACAUGUUUU